AUGUUUCGAUUCAAGAGCGCUGACUCCACGCUCGGAGUCGAUGGUAGUGCUGUGCCCGCCAGAAAUACGAUUUACGUUGGUAUAGUUGAAGACGAGAUACUCAACCAGGAAGCCGAGGAUGAGGUGCCGCCGUUGGCCUUGCUGCCGCCUCUUCAAGAAGACACACCACUGCUCCAAAGUACGAGCAUACCGCCCUGGAUCAGAGAACUGAACAACUCCCAAACAACAAGGCACAGCCGUGCUUCGUCCAUUGUGUCGACGCGCACCAAGUUCUCUACCACCACUCUGCAGGACGACGCGCGUAGCAUCGACAUCAAUGCCGGUGGCCAGCAUUUCCGCAUCAGUCGCGAUGGCUCGCACAUCACAGCCGACCCUCCGCCACCAUACACUGCUCCCAUCCAACUGAAUCCGCGGCACAUGGGCCAAGCUCGCUCCAUUGGCACAACCAGUCUAGAAAGCCCACACAGUCUGAGAUUUAGGCACCCCGAGGAAAACGAGAACGUCGACCCUGAUUAUGAUGGCGCAAGCACGCCGAGGUCGACGCUUGUUGGCCCCAACAUGGUCAGGUUAUCGGAAGACAUCAGUGGUAUUCAACCCAAUACCUGGUUGACAGAGGCUGUUCAGCUUCUCGAGCGCCCGUUAUCAGCAACACUGGACCGCCCAGCCCUCAUGGAUGAAGAAGUCCGGGCGACAACAGAUCAUGUCCACCACGAAACGAGCACUUUGGCCGGUGGCGAUGAACCUAGUACAAUAUCAUCAUCGUCACCUACAGCCACUACGGAUCUCACUCGGCCGUCUAGCCUUGCCAUGCCAGCGGACAACAACACGCAAGUCAAUACACAGCUGUACCUUGAGCAUGGAUCACCCCCAUUGGGCGGCGGCGGGCCGCAUCUGCAACCUGCCAGCGUUAUAAUUCUUCCUAACGUGCACACCUCUCCAUCCUCCAGGGUCAUGGAAGAAAGUGCGAGUGCAGUGGCGCCCUACUCUGACCGAUCCAAUGCUAGCACCUCCGCCAGCAACGGAGACGAGCCUACCGCCAUUGCAAGCGAUGCAACUUUCAGACUCGUCGACAGGGAAUCCCAAGGGAGUGUGGUUCCCUACGAGGACGACAAUGAUACUCCGCUAUCCAUGGAUGACGAGAAUGAAAUCAGUCUACAUUACGCGCGGAUGAUGCGAAAACUGGACUAUGGCCACCGCAAGGCCUUACACCUCAAAGACAAAGAACUAGCGGAACUACGAGAGAAAUUGCACGAGAAGGACAUUGUACUUAGGCAGCAGCUACGAGCGAAGGAUUUCAUGAUUGACGAUCUCAAGAAACGGCUGGAUACUUUGGAAGAAACUACGGAAACGAUGCUUGAAAGAGCGCGCAACAAGGUCGAGGAUUUGUGGGAGAUCCGAUGGAAGGCACGGAGUGCCCAACUACUCGAUCGCAUGAAACGCAUCGAGGAGGAUGCGCGAACGGCGAUCGAGAGUGUCUGUGCCGAAAGGGCUCAUGCACAGAGAGAAUCGAGCACUCAGUGA